AGGUCUUCUAAGAAGCCUCCGUGCUUGGUGAAUCCAGCCAGGGAGAAGCUGGGAGCUGUUUUGGGCCCCAGCACAGGAGGCAGAGCGUAUGCAGCUGGUCCUGAAAGAUGGGUUAGGGGUAUCUAUUUGCGAAUGUUUUUACAGUAGCCUGCAUGUUGUGUUAUGCACUACUGUGAUUCAUCAAUGCUAUUGUGAAAACCUCAUUUAUGACAAAUGUACAGCACAAGGACGAUAAGCCAAACAGAACAGUGUGAGCAGGUGGAGUCAAACCAUCAGCAGCACGUGACAAGGUGCAGAGUUUUAUUGAACCAGUGGCGUGCUGUAACAGUAAAACACUGCUGUGGAGACAAGGGGAUUUUGACUGAAGAAAGAUCUGGGCAUUUACCAUGGAUUUAAAUGGAACUCUCAGUGGAGAAGAGAUUGAUGUUCUCACAACUGUGUACUUGGUGUCGCUCACUCCUAGUGUCAUUGGGAGCCUUUCUGUGCUAGUUGUGUCCAUACUAAGAUGGAAACACCUAAAACAACAGGUGCAUCUCCUCAUGCAGCUAGCCCUAGCAGAUCUGUUGGCCGCUCUCAUCCUGAUGUCCUCCAGUGCCAUGAACAGACUCCAGACGGACAGCAGUGUAACCAUCUGUCAAUACAUUUUGCCACUAUCGCUGACGUGUUAUUUUAUUUCAUUUCUGCUUGUGGUGGUUUAUGCCUGGAAGUCUAAGAAUGCAAUCCAAGGAUGGAGAACAAGACCAGAAGAUGUUGAAAAUACACAGAAUCAGUGUAGGAGGAAAAGAGUCUUGUUACCAGUAUACUUGAUUGUAUGGUUGACUCCUAUAGCAAUUUACUUAGCAUAUGUUCUGACUCCCUUCAUAAAAACAACUCCAUUAAUUCCAGACACUAACAAAUCCACGAUCCUUCAGAACGAGAGCAAGUACUGCACCAGUUGUAUUUUGUUUCUACAUGUGUGGAGGGACUCCUGCUCUGAUGCUGAGAUCAUUCAUGACACCUUCAUCAAGGUUUUUCUCUUUCUUGUGGUGAUACCAGUGAUGCUGUCUUGCUCUGUCAUUUAUUACAAGGUUGGAAAAUGGUAUCAAAGGUAUACCAAUCAAGAUCUGUUUCCAGUGGAAGGAGAUGGGCAGUCUAGACGGAGAUUCAAAAAUAUGUUUUCUACAGCAGGGAAAAUGGUGAUGGUCAUCCUGUUCUGCUGGGUCCCAGCUCUUGUCCUCAUUCUCCUUUCUACUCUUAUAACUUGGACAAAUGUGGGACAGCGCAGCCUGUUUGGCCUCUACAUAAUACAGGCUGCUAGUGUGUCCCUGCAAGGUUUCCUGAACAGUUUGGUUUAUGCGUGGAGACGAACAAAUUUCACAGAGGCUGUUUUAGGGGAGAACACGCCUUUGUUGGCAUACACUCGCCGUGCCUUCUUUGAAGAAUCACUAAGAAGCGAAACCUUAACGUGAGAAACUGUUGAAACAGUGGGCUAAAUGUUUGUACACGUCAUGAUUUAUUUAGUUUUGUGGUUCCUAAAUUAUGAUGUUAUCACUGUGUUAGUGUGGGUGAGUGACAUGCUUGUACUGUUCCAACCGAAUUCCAUGUAAGUCGAGGACUCAGUUACUUAUUUUCAUCUUGUGAAUUUUUAUCAAGUGUUUCUGACUGCUUGGCUGUACAUGUGUGAUCCAACAGUGAGAAAUGCCGAGAUGCCACAGACAUGACGUGUGCUCUGUUCUGUACACAUGUACAGUACCUUUAACUUGUCUCGUAAAAGUAACAUGUGGUUGUACAAUCCUGUGGUUUCCACUCAGGACAUUUCUCUUAUACAAUCCCACACUCAACACACACUGCACACACUCAAAGAUAAACACUUUUGUGUUGUAGUAUUACAAACUGCUCAAGCGUUUUGUCCAGGCAUUAAUGGUUAACGUACCGCAGACUCAUUGUUUAUGCACAGCCAUCGCUAGAACUUCUCAUUUGUACUGUAACCAUUGUGUUCAGUUCUUGUCAUAUUUUCUCACCUUAACCAUUCAUUAAAGGUUAAAUCGGUGUUACACUAAUAAUAAACUAAUAACAAGUGAUGUUUUUGUAUGAUAUCUAUGCCCCUCUGUAUCCAGAUUUUACUUCUAGUCUAAUUUUUUUUCCCACAUACAAAUCAAAUCUUCUUAUAUUACAAGUGGGGUUUUUUUUCUUGUUUGUUUGUUUUUAAUCUUGGGCACACAGUGGUAUUAUGGGUAAUGCGCUUGCCUUGCAGCCAGAAUAUCAUCAGUUUAUGUCCUGGCUCAGGUAGUUGGCCCUGCUGGGAAGAAGUCAUAUUUUCUCACUGAGCAUGUGGGUUUUUGUUGUUGUUGUUUGUUUCAAAUAUGUAAAAUGGGGACUAGGUAGGUCUUCAUGACAGUUUAGGAUCUAAACAUUAAGUUUAAUUGCCAGUAUUGUUGUAUGAUUUAUUUAUCAUUUGUCCUUCAUAGUAUAAUGUAUUAUUUGUUUUUGUUUUUGUUUUUAACAUUUUAUUCAUAUCUCGUGUUUGUUUGAUUAUCAUUUAGUAAUAUAUGUUUUCAAGAAAGAAAUUCUGGAAUGAACAGAAACUGUCAACUCAUCUCUGUCGAAAGGUUUUCAAGUUGUAGAAUUAAAACUUCUCUUGGCCACCAGAUGUCACCA